ACUCACCCGUUUGAAGAAAAGUCGUAUCAGAUUUGGUCGCUGUUGCACACCAAGGUUGUUUGAUAAUAUGCCUAAAUCAACUGACCGUGCACAGUUGACUAUGCCAUCUAAGACUGACAAAGAUUUUUACACGGUACUAAAGGAAAUGAAUUGCAGACACUAUAAACUUGAAGGAGAAACUUAGAUAUAAAAGGUUAAAGUAAAGAAAAAAGUUAUUGCCUAGUGGUCAAUGGAGGGGAAGGAGAACAUGAUGUGUCUAGUUCAGAGAUUGAAGAUGAACGUUGUAGGUUGUAGUUAAAAUGAUUUCAUUUGAGUCAUAAUUUGCUGGUCAAACUCUAUUUGUUGAUGGCAGCAAUUAGGUUUUCAACGUUGACAAGAACCCUUAGUUCCUCUUUAAGAUUAGCAAAUCAGGUUGAUGUCAGACCUUCAUUCGCUUGUGUAAAUAGUAAUCACUACGCUAGAGAAACCGCCUAUUCCAAAAGCUAUGCUGCCCCCAAAUGUUUCGAUAUGAGGGGUAUACACUCUGCUUGUGUGCCCAAUCAUGUUACUCCAUAUCUUAGUGGGCUAUUUGAUAAUAAAAAUUUGAGGGGAAGUAUCUCAAUUGUUGGGACUAGCCCCAUAUGGAAUAGUCGAUGGUAUUCAUCGUCUGUUAAUAGUAAAGGAGAUAUUCUUAAGGGUUCAGAAGUUUCAGCUGGUGCAACUGGGUCUGAUAUGGAUACAAGUGGUGUUGGUGGAAGUGAAUGGAUUGGUAAGGUUAAGGAAGCUUGGCAAAGAACCAUAGAUGCUGUGACUUAUACUGGGGAAAAGGCGAAAGAGGCAUCUUCUGAAAUGACUCCUUAUGUUGAACAAGUGCUUGAUGCGCACCCUUAUUUGAGAGAUGUAAUUGUUCCGGUUGGUGGCACUUUAAUUGGUACCUUGAUGGCUUGGAUCGUGAUGCCAAGGCUUUUGAGGAGAUUUCACAAGUACUCAAUGCAAGGCCCAGCUGCUUUGCUGCCUGGAAGCUCAAUAUGGGGGCAAGUUCCUUAUGAGAAAAGUAUUUGGGGUGCUAUGGAGGACCCCGUUCGAUAUUUGAUCACCUUCAUGGCAUUUUCACAGAUCGCGGUGAUGGUGGCACCAAGCACUGUCGCAUCACAAUACCUUCUUCAGACUUGGAGAGGUGCUGCUAUUCUUUCAUUUGUCUGGUUUCUACAGCGAUGGAAAACAAAUGUGAUCAGCAGAGCUUUGGUUGUCAAGAGCCUUGAAAAAGGUGACCGUGAUCGGUUGUUAACUUUGGACAGAAUCUCUUCCGUUGGCCUCUUCAUCCUUGGGCUAAUGACUUUAGCUGAAGUUUGUGGAGUAGCCGUACAGUCUAUUCUGACUGUUGGUGGAAUUGGAGGGGUGGCUACUGCUUUUGCUGCUAGAGACAUCCUUGGUAAUGUUCUCAGUGGACUCUCCGUACAGCUUUCACAACCUUUUUCAGUUGGCGACACGAUAAAAGCUGGAUCAGUGGAAGGUCAAGUGGUUGAAAUGGGGCUCACCACCACAUCAUUGUUGACUGCAGAAAAGUUUCCCGUUAUUGUCCCAAAUUCACUAUUUUCUAGCCAGGUGAUUGUGAAUAAAUCACGUGCUCAAUGGCGUGCCUUGGUCACUACAGUUCCUUUCCAAGUUGAAGACUUCGAUAAGAUUCUCCAGAUUUCAGAUGAUGUAAAAAACAUGCUCAAAUCUAAUCCAAGUGUUUUCUUGGAAAAGGAGGCACCAUACUGCUACUUGUCUAAAAUAGAAAAAACAUAUGCAGAGCUGACUCUUGGGUGCAACUUAAGAUAUGCAAGCAAGGACAAAUUGUUUUCAACACAGCAGGAUAUUCUUCUGCAAGCAGCCCGAAUAAUUAAGCAACAUGGGGGCAAACUGGCUGAUCCAUGGACUCAGUGAUUCGCUAGAUAGAAGAU